AUGCCAAGUCUGGCAGCACUUCCAGAUGAGCUGCUGAUCCAUCGUCCCACCCAUUGGGAACAGGUUCCAGGCUUAUUCCCAGAUACCACGCAGCUGCUGCCAAUGGCAGUCCCUGGAGAGACGAAUGCCGCUUCUGGCUCACAAGUGGCCUGCCUCGGUAGAUCGUUUGCACAGAUCGCAGCAGAGGCAGACAGUUCCGUGGACGAUGACGAAGGUGAUAGCUUUGCGCAUGAGCUCAACCUCACUGAGGAUAUGCACGUUGCGAACCUCAAUGCCAGCUCGACCGUGUUCCAAAUGGGCACUCAUGGCGGAGAGGGCUCGAAGGUGAGCACGAAGAAGAGUGGGAAGAGGAAGGUGAAGGAGUCAAGCGAUAAAGAGGAAGUACCGACUGUCAAGCUGCCAAAGAAGAAGUGCGCGACGAAGGAAUACAAGAGCAAGGAGUUCAUCGAAAGUGAAGAUGAGACUCUGGCGCCGCCUUCCAAUCUACCUGCCAAGACCGCAGGGGACUCUAACGCCGGUGUUGUAAAGAUGAACGCCCCUGCCAAACCUGUCAGACAGACAACAGGGAUGACGGUGUCGCCUCAUGUCGCACCGAAGGUGAAGGUGAAGGUGACGGUGUCACAGAAGGACAUGUGGAAAAAGACGUCCACCCGCGUGUCUGACUUCAUGUGGGCACAUGCAACGGAUUUGCUCGUUCCUUGCAUCGGCUGCAAGGAGAAAGGGUGGCCAUGCAAGCUCCACACCACCAACUUCAGUCAGUGCCUCGAAGGUGCAGCACGAGGCAUCAGUUACAGCAUCGCGCCGAGGAACAGGGAUGGCAUGCCCCUGCGAGAAAACUCACACACCACACAGCGUGAGUUCCAAGAGAUGUGCGCAGCCCUGGUGUUAGAGUGCAAGCUGCUGCCGAUGUCGCCACCUCCAUACGACGUCCACGUCGACUCCGAUGAGCCCGACAGUGCAGAACCACUGGUCAUAGAAGCAUCGAAGUGCAAGCUGCCGAAGAAGACCAAGACGUGCAAUGCUGCGACAUCCAGCUCCAAGGUCAAGGGUGGUGAGGAGGUCGAGGUGAUGAAGCAGAAGGUGACCGUCACGCCCGAUGAAGCCAACGCUGAAGACAAGGCCUCAGUGGAGAAAUUGUUGAAGUUCAAGCGCCCCACCAAGUCCGCCACUGUCACUGGAGCUGUGGCUCCGUCAAACUCUGGCGAGGUCACCAACUCUGGUGAGGUCUCCAAGUCUGGCGCGCCUGCCAAGUCUGGUGCAGUCACCAAACCUGGCGAAGGUAAGAAGUCAGGACCCAAGCCAAAGCCGGUGAGGAGCCAAAACUCAGGUGCGCAAGAUGGUGGCGAGGUCACCAGGACCUCAGUACAUGAGGCGGAUGAGGUCCUGCCUGCCAAGUCUGUUGCGAAGGAGGGCGAGCAGACAACAAGGGUGGCAAUGGGAGGUCGCUCAGGCCCAAUGGUGCCCGUGAUCACCAGGAAGGCGAAGGCGAGUGCUCCGAAGGCAGCAGCCAAGAUGCCUCUGGCGGAAGGCGAUGGCAUGGAGGAAGCCGCCAGGCUGGCAAUGGAGGCGGUGCAGGCUAUGGCCUUCCAAACAGGGCCAGCUGUUCCGCCGCAAGCUAGCAGCAGCAAGCGCAUGCUGACACCAGUCGCCAACGAAUCAGAGGAUGCGCCAGAGUAUCAGGCAGAGGUGGCGGAGGAUGAGCACGUGUCCUUGGAGCGGCCACACGACGAUCGGCAGUGUUCGCUGCUGAUGCCCCAUGAGAUGAGCGCAGGAGCUGCCGAGGUGGCACAGGAGGUGACGCCCUGCCUGGAGAUAUCCAAGGCGUCGAAGGGAGCGAAGUCCUCUGCAUUGGCGAAGGCGGGACAUGUCGAUGAAGGGCGAAGGCCAGCAAAGAAGGGCACCACACUGGACCACAAGGCAGCGAAGAAGGAGGCGAAGGCGAAUCACCUUAGAGCAGUGCCUCCGACCAGCAAGGCACCCCACUUGCGCGACAUCCAUGGCGAAGAAACCUCACAGUCAUCCAACAAUGACUGCGUGAAUUGUGCCGAGUUGCAACAGGAGUUCCUGGCACACAAGGACGGGAUGGAAGUCCAAUUCCAGGAGAGGAUGGCGGACCUCAACACCGUCAAGGCAGAGAUCACAGCGGCGCUCCAGCGAAUCAACCUGCCAUUUGCGCUUCAAGAAAAUGCCUGGAGCAUUUGCGAAGAGGUCAAGUUGGUGAUGGAGGAGUUUCACAGGCCGGUCACCAUCGAGCUACAGGAGAGCGUGAAGUUGGCAGUGGCGGACCUCGUUGCCAAGCGACAUUGCCUGCCAGAGCUCAAAGAGAAGGUCAACAGGUUGGAGCAAGGUGUGAACCAGACGGUGAGCCAGGUGAAUGUCGAGAAGCUGCAGGGUGAAUUGGCCGACCUUCGUCAUUCGAUGGAGCUCCAGGCAGCGUGGUCAGACAGCAUGGAGAAAAAGCUCAGGUCUUCAGUGGCAGAGGCGAUCGCUCAAGCGAGCAAGCUGGAGAUGGAAUUGGCGCUCGCCAAAGAGGAUUCGAUGGCAGUGGCGACGUCCACUUUGGAUAAAGUGAAGAAGGUGGGGAAGGAGGUGGCGACGGUGAGAGAGGAAACCUCACUGGUGGUGAAGUCUUUGGACGCAUUCUGA